GCUUCGGAGGAGCUCAGAAGCUGCUUCAAGAUCUGAUAGGAGCUCCUGCUGCAGGCUCUGUCCAAUCACAACACAAGAAUAGUGUGUAGUAGAAGUGUUGAGCUGUUAGGCAGCGUUGGAGCUCUGUCACUAGGAGGCGCUGUUUGUUCUCGAUACCUUCAGCACUGAGAGAAACGACACAGCAGAAACGGAGCUCAGUCUUCCGGCGAAAGAUGGGCGUGGCUAUACGACUAGAUCAGGUUGGAUCUACAGUGAAGGCCUCAGUGUUUGAUGUUGUGUUUCAGAAAUGUGCUCAGGUGGUAACAGGAAGUGAGGUUCCUCAGGUAAAGUUCUACUUGGUGAUCAAAAACUCAGGUGGAACCGACCUAUCACAGCUCAGUAUCCGGGACACCGUCUCUGACAUCAUCAGCGUGCAGACCAAUGGGAACGUGCAGGAUGGGAAAAACCAAAUGUUCAGCACCGACACACUGCCCGCUGGUUCCGGUUUUGUUGUUACAUACACAGCGAGUGUAAAAGGUAACAGGAAUGAAGUUCAGCAUCUACCAGCAUUCCUCUCCUUCUCUAACUCCUCUCAGAAUGAUGUUAAUUUAUUUGCUCCGGUGAGAUUCGGUCCUCUGAUGGCGAACUUCACUCUAAGAUCAAACAUCACUGAGAAGGUGUGUGUAGAUCACAAGUUACACUUUGCAUGGUUCUGUGUAGCGUUCCUGAGCUCCACCCUGCUGCUCCUCAUCACACUGAUCAUCUCCACCUGCUUCCACACCUACUGCUGCAUACACAACACCCACACUGCCCAGCCCACGAGGAAGCAGAGCUUUAGUGAAGGGACAGAGCCAGAUGAAGAGGUCUUUGAUGUCAGCGAAUUAGCCAAUCAGGAGGCUGCAUUUGAGGAUAAAUUCAUUGACAUCAUGACACUGGAGGAUCCACAGAACAUGUUACACGCCCUCAACAUGUUAGAAGUUCCCGUGCUGGUACGUGCCAGUGUGAUGGUGGAGUGUGUGCGGGUGCGGAUGCUGGAGGGUGUGUUCCGGAUACUGAUGUCAGCACUGGGCGUGUCCAGCAAGGAAGUGGGUGUGGUCAAUCUACUCACUCGUGUGACCGCAAUGGAAGAUCAGCGAGCACAACUCAACCCACACUGCAACAUGGACACACACACAGAGCUACAGAGAGACGCGGUGUUGUGGAGGAGAGAGGAGCUUCACUCCAUUAUCAGUGAAGAACUGGAGGAGGCGGCCAUGACAGGAGAAACCUCCAGAGCCAAUCAGAUUCUCCAUCAGUACUACACCUGUCAGAAUCAGCUGGAGGCGGUGCUUGAUGUGUUUGUAGCCAAUCAGAGAGCAGUGCUGAGUGAGUGUCAGGCACAGCGGGGGGCGGUGGUGCAGGGUUUACAGGAUCUGCAGCAGUCAGUGUACAACAUGUUCAGUGUUUACUCUCAGCACAUCAGCACCUGCUCCACCCGAAUCCACAGGGAGGGUGAGCUCUCUGAUCAGUGGUGUAUGGAGCAGUUGGAGCGUGCUCAGUCGAAGCUCCUGCGUGUGAAGCACAAUUUAGAGGAAACGUUGACUCGAGAACGAAGCUCCGCCCACUGUGACAUCAUCACAACCAGGCGACGACGCAUUGCUGAGACACUGUACCAGCACAUGUGUGAGCAGCAGAAGUUGGGGUGUGUAGGUGAGGUGGAGGUGGAUCAGUACCUGCAGCGCUGGCAGAAUCUCCUCUGUGCCCAAACUCUACACCUGUCAGAACUCAUCACACACCUGGACCAGGAGGCAGCAGCACAGAUUCGCAAGGUCUGGCUGUGUGUGCUGCGUGAUGCUGUAUUGGAGCUGAAGCAGAUUGACUCCGCCCUGUCUAAGACUUUGGAGGAGGGCGGGGCCCCACGCAAGCUCCUCCUCCAGCUGAGGGUGGGGUCAGUGGUGGGUGGGGUUAUGAGUGAAGUUGAGGCGGGGCUUGGUCUUCGUGAGAAGGAGGCGGCUAAAGCUCUGCGACUCACACGCAACAGGAUUCAGCGAAUCAGAGAGCAGGAACUGCAACAGCAGAGGGAGCGCAGAGAGAGGAUACACCACUACUACAGAAGUGUGUGUGAGGGUCAGUGUGCUCUGUCGGAGAAGGACGAACUGUGUGUACAGUUGGAGUGUGUUAAGCACAUGUGUCGACUGGAUCGCUGCUUGGUGCAGGGAUACAACAUACCAGCCAAUCAGAGCACAGCAUACCACCCUGACUCCUCCCACCAGAACAGUUUAACACACCCACAGGUGUGUGUGUGUGGGGACGGAGUGUGUGGGGAGGAAGUGUGUGUGUGUGGGGACGGAGUGUGUGUGUGUGGGGAGGAAGUGUGUGUGUGUGAGGACCGGGUGGUGAUGCAGGUUGUGUGUCUGCAGUGGGAGAAGGUGGAGAGGACGAAGCGGGUUCUGGAUACACACUCAGCCCUGCUCACGCUACACACACUCCUGCUACACACCAUCACAUCCACUACAGCUGCACUCACCGAGCUCUCACACACCUUACACACACACACACAGGCACUGGAGGAGGCGGAGCUUCAGCUACAGAAGGAGGGGUCUGAGUGGGAGGAGUCAGUAGAUGGGCGUGGUUAUGAUAAACUGUUGAGUCCUGAUUGUGAUGCUGAAUUAUUCAGAGUGGAUCCAGAGUGCAGUGUGACUGAGAUCCUGCAGGAGGUGCUGUUCAAGAGACAACGGCUCUCACACACACUUGCUGACAGGUGGAGGAUGGAGAUCAGGAGGCAGCAGGUGAUGGAGGAUCGGCGGGAAAAACUGGAACUGAAGAGACUCUACACACACUGUGAUCAGGAACUCCUCCUGGCUGCAGUCCUCAUCAACCUCAGUGGUGUGGGAGCACCGGUUCUCCAGCAGCUCCUGCGCCUCCUGCUGCCUACAGCACCUGAGGGGGAGAUACAGUCACUCCUACAAACCCUCGUUUCUAAUGCAGGGAGGGCAUUAGGACCCUGUAGUGAUGUGGUGGACAGACUGAGGCGUGAUGUUAUCAGCAGGAAUCUCUCACCUAGAUCUGGAUCAUACACUGACAGGAUGCAGAAGAAGAAGCAGAAGCUGCAGGAGAAGCUCUUCAUCACACCACGUCCCUCACAGAGCAGAUUCAUCACCGUUCAUCCUACAGUCCAGGAGGAACCAGCUGCUGCCGCCGGUGUGGUGGGAGGAGCCAGACCAGAGGGUGGGGAGGAUGUCGACCACACCCCUACUGUAGAAGAGGGCGUGGUCACCAAGGGUGAAAGACAGGAGCACACACAGACUGGCGCGGCCUCAGACGUGGUGGAUCCAUCCCGGCCGUCAGAGAGGCGCAGGAGGAGGAGGAGGGUUCUGAUUAAAAAGGGAACAGUAGCACCUCUAGAUCAGCCAUGAUGGAGCAGAUACACGCGCCUCAGUCUGAACAUCCAGCGUCGUUAUUCCUCAAUGAUUCAGUCCAGGGUUUGUCAUUUUUAACCUGUAUUAAAUUAUUCAUAAAUAAAUUAUUUUUUAUCUCA